AUGGCGCUCAUCGAGGGCUGGAUCCCCCCGACGCGGGAGCAUUACGAUUUCAUCUUGAGACUGUGGACUUUCUACCCAAUUUUCCCCUCGCUGCAAUGGAUCAUCAGCUGGUACGGCAUGGGCAAGACGUCCGUUGACAGCCGCUUCAACAUCCCCGGGCGCAUCGCCUGGAUGACGAUGGAGAGCCCCGGCUUCCUGACGCUGGUCUACAUUAUGGGCACGCUCACCAAGGAGCAGGGCAUCUCAGACCUGCCCUGGCAGAACAAGGUGCUCGCCGGCCUCUUUGUCAUCCACUACAGCUACCGCGCCAUCAUGUACCCGCUCAUGGCGCCGUCCAUGUCGCCCAUCCACCUGCUGGUGUGGUGUGCAGGCCUCAUCUUCCAGCUCUUCAACGCGACCAGCAUAGGCUCUUGGCUUGCCGCCUACGGGCCCACGACGGCUGCCGAGUGGGACGCGCAGCUGUCGCCCUGGCCCACGCUCCAGUUCGUGGUCGGCAUUGCCGUGUUCUAUCUGGGACUGGCGGCCAACUACUACCACGACGACGAGCUGCGGGAGAUCCGGCGGCGCGAGGAACAGCGGCGCGCGCGCAAAGCCAUGGAGGACGGCACGCCGCUUGAAAAGGUGGGCAAGCACUACCAGAUCCCCGAGGCCGGGCUGUUCAAGUACAUGCUGUACCCGCACUACUUUGUGGAGUGGGUGGAGUGGACGGGCUUCUACAUGGCGGCGGGCUGGGGCUGUGUGCCGGCGCGCAUGUUUGUAGUCAACGAGGUGUUUGCGAUGCUGCCACGGGCCGUCAAAGGCCGGCAGUGGUAUAUCCAGCGCUUCGGUGCCGACCAGGUGGGCCGUCGCUAUGCUGUGAUCCCGGGUCUAAUUUAG